UAUUUCGGGUGGAAUUUAUUAAACAGCAUUACAAAAUACCUGGAAACUUUAUUUAUAUUGUCUUCUAACAACAGACGAAAAUACUCCACCGGGUUACACCAACAUCGCUGUCAUUUUAACCAGUCAAGGCUAGAUUCUAAUCGUGUCAAAUAUUCGACGGUCAUUAUUAUAUGGAAAGGAAUGCCCAACGCACGCAUUAUUGUGUUAGAGUACAAAUUAUUGUUAUCAAUGACGGAUCGAUUUACACGGUUCAUGGUCGACGUCGUGGCAGCCUUUCAUCAACAUUUCUGUCGGUCUGGUGUGAGGAAAAAUAAUAUUGGUAUUCUGAGUGAGGCUAAACCACGUGUUUUCCCUACUGAUUAUUUGAAAGGCAGAGCCAGACGAGACAGCUAUAGCUGGGAAACGCGUUUCUCCGAAGGGUACAAUAUUGCCAUGACGUACCGUAAAUAAAAUGGUAUCCCGUUUCUUUAGACUACAGUUCAUCACCGAGACAAGUUCCUCAGUAAAUAUAUGAAUGUGAGAGUGACAAGGCAAGUGACAUGCAGUUGUUUAGGGUAGGAGGACCCACUUCAUUAUGUUGAUGACAAGCAAGUAAAUAUUAUGUUCCAGUGCACGACUGUGCCCCGCCUCCUCCUGCCCACAGCAUCGCGUGAAAGAGGCGAAAAAGGGGAAACAAAAACAAUCAACUCUCCACAAAUGCAUUCCGGUUUCCGACUUGCAUAAAUCAUUUUUAGGAACCUGUGGAGUCUACGAGUCAACGUAUGGUAGAAUGAUUUGUGGUUUGUUAUUAUGGUCACUGCACGAGCUGCUGUGACGUUGUCUAUGCUAACUCCAUAUGAUGCAUAUUAUUAUUCGACUUAUGACAACAGCCGGCUGACUUGCGUAUCUGGUAAAGUUAUCACAGCUACUGCAGAGAGCUAUGACCGUGUUAUAGGGGUCCCUGCCUGGCUUGUAUUACCGGCAGAUCCAACUACAUUCAGUUUAUGGGAUCAUUAUCAGUGUCUGAUCUGCACUCCAUGACCAUGCGGCUUCGCCUGUGGGCUGGAAGCAACAUGGAGACCAACAACAUAGCAAAAGGUGGACUCCCCACUACUUUUAAUCAUAACUGGAGAUCCUCUGAUGUUGCUGGGGUGUUUAAUAUCCUCAAUGAGUUGGAUGUGUUUCUGGAUGAUCAAGAUGAAGUCACCGGACAAAUGGAAGAGAAGGAAACAGUUACAGUGAUAAGUAAUGAUGGCGCAUCAGUGAAACCCGGAGAUGUUUUGGUUAAAAACAAUGAUGUAGAGUGCAGUAGAGAGGUUAAACCGAACCCUGAUGAAAUGUGGAAUACAGAGUACGACCAGAGUUACGGAAAGUGCUCAUUAGAUAAUGACUCUGGGAUGGGUGAUGAAACAAAACAAGUACAUGUUGACAACACAAGCUUCGUGACCGGUGCGUGUAUAGAAUGCGUGGAUGUGGACGUCGACUCAGCAUUGAUGAACGCUGUUCGGAACGGCCACGCACCAUGUUUACAGUGCAUCAUCAAUAACUUCGACAAGGUCAGUGACCUCAAGGAACACCUUAACUUCUUCCGGGAGGUCACCUCAAAUCAGGGAUUCCCUCUUCUGGAGGCGGUGGAGAGGGGACAUGAAGGUGUGGUGCAUUUAUUUCUCAGGUUUCUUAAAGAUUGUGGUUGCCUCAAUGAGGUAUUGCGAGCAACAGAUGCUCGGGGCAGGAUGCCAGUGCAUCUCGCUGCUUACCAUGAUCGCCUUGGGUGCCUGGAGCUUGUAUUAGCCUGUACGCCGAUGGAGGAGGCAUAUUGGAAGGACACGCAGACACUGGGGACGCCUCUUCAUCAUGCUGCGGCAGGAGGUGCUGUGAGGUGUUUGAGGAGACUACUGAAGGUUGAGGAUGCUGAGGUGCUAAACCAAACCGGUAGAACGCCAGUUUCGUUGGCCGCUCAGGCAGGUAGUGUUGGCUGUCUUGAAGAGCUUAUUGAUCAGGCCCAAGUCGACCCUCAACGUGCUGACCAUGACGGCAUGACCCCUGUACAUUAUGCUGCACUAGCAGGGCAUUUGAAUUGCACUCACUGGCUGAUCCGACGGGCUAGAUGUUCCCUGAGCGAGACCCGAAAGAAAGAUGGUGCCACAGCAAUGCAUCUUGCAGCAGGGAAAGGCCGUUGUCCUAUUCUACAGUGGGCGUUGAAUCGAGAGCUUUCAUUUGCCGAUGAGUUGGACGUCUUUGGUCGCACGCCUGUACACUACGCCGCCGAAGAGGGCCACAUCACGGCACUCAGAACGUUCUCAAAGUUUUCCAGGGUGCAUCUGGACGUCAAAGAUUUUCUUGGACGAACUCCUAGUAAUCUAGCAGAAAGAAGGGGCCACAGUGCCUGCAUACGUUUCCUCGACUCAUGCCUCCAGCAGAGGCAUCCUGACGGUGAGGGAGCUCUUCUUGCCAAGCUGACCAGAUCUAUAUCAAGUCCCGGUGGGUUGAAUAAGCUCAACAGAAGGAAUUCCAAUAGGAGGAGUUCCAGAAGGAAGCACAUCUCGUCGGUGUAUCUCGAGGAAAAAUCUCUGACAGACACCGAGGCAGGUCCUGGGAGACGGGAGCCACUGGCAACAGACGGCGGGGCCACUGCCGGGUAUCGCGUCUCUGCUCUGGUAUCCCAAGUCGGCCUGAUGGCCAUCGCACCGGCCGUUCCGGAAAUAUCUCUCCACAGGCGGAUUAUUAAUACUUUAUUUAAGAAACUAAGACGUCAGGCGAAUAUUGAGGAAGACUUUACUGUGACGAUGUGAUUGUGCCAGUUUCCCAAGGAACUCUGCACACCGGAGAUUCUGUCCCCGUUGGGAAAUUAGCAUUGGCUAGAUCGAGGAGGAAGAUCAAAAGAGGGUGCUAUCAGAAGAAGUAAUUUAGGCAUAAAUGCGUUUCGCCGUGUAGGGGACCGAAUCACAGGGGACAGAAUCUCCUGACACUUCGGUUCACGAUUGACAAGCAAUAUUUAGGGAUUUAAAUUAAACAUAUCAGGUUGGCGUGGGUUUCUCGUGUAACUUGUGCAUGGACACACGACGAUAUAUGCUAACCCUUUUAAAACAAAAAAUAAACCUAGGCCUAGCCUCCGUAUAAAACUCUGAAGUGCUAAUGAUGGCGACCUUUUUGCCCUGGAAGAGAUGAGAGAUUGAUGGCUAAGUGCCUCGUUCAAUCACCGACAGUACAUGGUCGGACCCUUAUACGCAGAUGGCCGUAUCCGAAUGUAACCGUAGUCGUAGCCUCCGAUUUGGACACGGAUACUUUCACUGAGAUUCGAAAUGAACAGUGACCUCUCCAUUGUUGUACCUGUGUUUAAUUGAGUUUUGAACUGUUGACACGGUUUUGAAAGGAGCAAUAGUAAACAUCAACACAUUACGGUAACUUGGUAUAAAGUAUAUUUAUUUAUUUCAUACAACAAAAGCCCCAACCAGGUUGGUGAACGGAUUUCGAGAAGAAAGUUCGGUGAGUGCCACAAACAAAUAAUUGGGAGUAACCUAUGGAUUAAGGUAGGGACUGAAAAACCCAAUACACAUCAAAGUGGUCUACGGACUGGAUUCCAAAGAUGUAAAAGGCGGGGGGG